AUGGAGUACCUCUCUGCCCUGAACCCCAGCGGCCUGCUCAGUCCAACUACCAGGUCAGUGUCCAAUGUGAGCUCUGAGGUUGGCCGUAGGGUCUGGAACUCAGCUCCACCACCCAAGAGGCCUUUCCGUGUCUGCGAUCACAAGCGGACCAACCGGAAAGGUCUGACAGCUGCCACGCGCCAGGAACUGCUAGACAAGGCAUUGGAGACCCUGCUGCUGAGUGGAGUGCUAACACUGGUGCUAGAGGAGGAUGGGACCACUGUGGAGAGUGAGGACUUCUUUCAGCUGUUGGAGGAUGACACAUGCCUGAUGGUGCUGGAGUCAGGGCAGAGCUGGAGCCCCACCAGGCACAGCGGAAUGCUGUCAUAUGGCCUGGGCAGAAAGAAGCCCAAGCACAGCAAGGACAUCGCCCGCAUCACUUUCGAUGUGUACAAGCAAAACCCGAGAGACCUCUUUGGCAGCCUGAACAUCAAAGCCACAUUCUAUGGGCUGUAUUCCAUGAGUUGUGACUUUCAAGGACUCGGCCCAAAGAAAAUACUCAGGGAGCUCCUACGUUGGAUCUCCACACUGCUCCAAGGCGUGGGCCAUAUGUUGCUGGGCAUUUCCUCCACCCUGCGCCACGUAGUGGAGGGGACUGAGCAGUGGCAGCGGCAGGGCCGCCUCCAUGCCUACUGA